UGCGCCGCGUCCGCUGAGAUGGGGCUCGGCGGCUGUGCGGCGCGUUGUGUCGCGCUGCUCCUCGAGCGCGGGUCCCUGUCUGCGGGAGCUCGGCCCGCAGUGUUUUUGGGGUCCUGGUUUCAGCUGUUGCCGGAGGUGCGGCUUCCUGUUAGAGCGGCACACUGCUGGGCGGGUCUGAGCCAGAACUGUGUGCGCGGCCUACACCAUGGGCCUCAGCUGGAGGAGCGGCGGGCCGGCGAGGGGCGUGUGGAGCCGGGCGCUGCAGAUCAUACUGAUCUCAAGUUUGACAUCGAUAUGCUGGUUUCACUUCUGAGGCAAGAAAAUGCAAGAGAUAUUUGUGUGAUCAAGGUUCCUCCAGAAAUGCAGUAUACUGAUUACUUUGUAAUUGGUAGUGGAACUUCCACCCGGCACAUACAUGCUAUGGGCUACUACAUUGUGAAAAUGUACAAAUAUCUAAAAUGUAAAAGUAAGCCUCACGUUAAGAUUGAAGGGAAGGAAACAGAUGACUGGCUCUGUGUGGAUUUUGGCAGCAUGGUGAUGCAUCUGAUGCUCCCAGAAACCAGAGAAACCUAUGAAUUGGAGAAAUUAUGGACCCUACGUUCUUAUGAUGACCAGUUAUCUCAGAUAGCACCUGAGGUGUUACCUGAAGACUUCAUUCUUGGAAUAGAAGAUAACACUUCAUCCUUGGCACCAGUGGAAUUCAAAUGUCAAUAAAACAGUCAUUUCAGACUUG